AUGGGUGGUGAUGGUGGAAGUAUUCCUCGCAGAGAAGAAUUAGUACGUUCUAAACAAAAGCCUCAGAGAGCAGAACGCAGAGUCGCAAAUGCUGCGUUGUGGCGCCAUUGUUCCCUGACGCAAGAUCCUUUGCGUCCACCGAUUGUAUCUUGUCGCCUCGGAAGAUUGUAUAACAAAGAAUCAGUAAUCAACAAGCUGCUUAAUCGCUCCAAUCCAAAUCCGGCGGCCGAUCACAUUCGGAAACUAAAGGAUGUGCGUGAAUUGCGCCUCACUCUGAAUAACUCACAAACCACAUCUGAUCCAUUGCAAGACGAUGCGGCAGACUUCUAUUGUCCAAUCACUGGGCUGGAAAUGUCCGGAGCACACGCGUUUGUCUUCCUAUGGUCUUGUGGUUGUGUGUUUUCCAAAAAGGCUCUCGAGACCAUCCAAGACAAGUUAUUCGCUGGCGUGCGGGACCUACGAGGAACGACAAGAGGGUGGAGGACAAAUAAGGGAAGUUCGGUGGAACGAAAACCGAAAUUGUCCGUGGAAGAAGAACAAGGAGGCGACUGCUGA